CAACAACAACAAUGGGUAAACAUAAAAAACAAAAACAAAUUGAAGAUGAUCAUGUUGAAAUUGUGAUGAUAAAACAAGAACCAGAUUCAGACGAACAAUGUGAUGAAACUUUAAAUGAAAAGAAGAAUAAGAAAAUGAAUAAACAUUGUGAUAAUGAAAAUGAUGAAUCCAAUCAUCGAUUACAAAACGAUGAUGAUGACGAUGAUGAUCGAUUGUCGGAUGAUUUACCAUCACUUAAAGAUGGUGUACAAAUGGAUUCAACAUUAAUUUCUGAUGAACAAUUACAUCGUUUGAUACCAAAAUUACGAAAACCUAAUGAUAAUGAUAAAGAAUUAUUACAACAAUAUAAUUUAUCUAUUCAAAAUGGACGAUUUACUCGACAAGAAAAUACCAUUCUUCGUCGUAAUUGGCAACGUUAUCUAAAUGAUUAUAAUGUACCUAAUAAAUCUCUAUUACUUGGACAUUUUCAAUAUGAACGUUCAAAAGAUGGUGAACAAAAAAUUAAAAAAACAUAUCGAAAAUUCGCUAAUGAAACACAAUUAUGGCUACGGUUGGCUAAAGAUCUUCCUAAUCGUACGAUAUUUCAGAUAUAUUGUCGUGCUCGGUUCCUAUUGUCGGAUUUGAAAAUAGCAAAAGAUUUAUCUGAAAACGAUCGUCAAAUCAUAUUGGAUCUAUAUCGUACACAUGGUGAUCAUUAUACAAGUUUCUGUGAAGAAUAUGGCUACAAUCCAAAAUGUGCAAGAGAAAUUAUUCGUCAUGCAAUCAACUCCAAUGGUGUUGAAUUGAAUCAUGGUGAAUGGAGUUUGGAAGAGGUGAAAAAGUUAAAAAAAGUUGUUCUUAAAUUAAUGAAAAGACUAAAUCUUCAAACAUAUGAUGGUAUUCCAUGGAGUCUUGUGGCUAGAAAACUUCAUCGUUCCGAUAUUCAAUGUCGACAGAAAUUUUUCAGCAAAUCAACAUUAUUCACAAUGAUUUCACAACCACAAAUCGAUGAUUGGAAUGAAAAAUUGGAUAUAGCUAAAUUUAUUGCUUUAUUGAAACAUUUAAAUUUUUCUGAUCAUAAUAUGAUCGAUUGGGAUUAUAUAAAGGAAAAAUUUUCCAGUGAUUAUUUCAAUAUUCUAUUACGUAAAUGGCGUGAAAUGCGUGUACGUAUACCUGAUCAUCAACAAUUGUCGUUACAUCAGAUCCUUGAACAUUUAUAUAAAACACGUGUAUUGAAACAUUUUGGUCAUGAUCCAAAGAAAAUGAAAGAAAUCGACAAUUUCAUCAAUUCAUCAUAAAUUAAAAUAAUUCAUUUUUUCUAUUUAUACAAAAAUCCACUAUUUUCACUCAAAUUGUGUUUACUAUGUUUUUUGCGAUGCGCCAUGCAUUUUCAUGUGUUGAAUUGAAUUUUUAAAAAAUCAUAUUUUUUUUUCUCAUCUGAUUAAAAAAUCAACCUGAUUCAUUUUAUCAA